GGAAAGCACAGGAAGUUUAGAAGCGGGUUCACUCCCACGUCAACAAGCCGUUUUAUCGUCGCGGUGGAGUCAGCUGGUUCCCUUGUAAAGCAUACAUGCCCGUUGGGUGACUCAGGGAAGGGAGGAAGAAGAAAGAGGGAGCAAGCCCCUCCCAGGCCGUGGCCAGGCAAGCUCACUUCCCGCCUUCCUGCUCCCUCCCAGGGUGUUGGCUCUUGCGUGCGAUCCCGGGCUAGCGUCCUCUCCCUCCUUCCGGAAACCACGCGUAGAGGAGGAGGAGAAGAGCCCAAGAAGCGUGCUUUCUGGCAGGCCACCCGAUAGUUUUCCCCUUUAACCCUCGCUUUCCUUUUCUGCUCUUCUGCUUCCCGCUUUAUUCUCCUUCCUUCUCCCCCGGCCCCCGGUUGUGAUCAUGUUCCGUGUCUUGAGGGGCUUCGUCCUCCCCGAGGCUGCUUGCGAAGCGCCCGACAGUAGUUCGAGGUACGAAAACCUCUUCAAAAAGCUAGACCUCAACGAAGACGGCCGAGUGGAUAUUGCCGAGCUGCAGGCCGGCCUCAAAGCCUUGGGCAUCCCCUUGGGGGAUGACGCGGAGAAGAAAAUUUUCAAAGCCGGUGAUACUAACCAAGAUGGCAAGUUGGACUUUGAAGAAUUUAUGAAUUAUCUUAAAGACCAUGAAAAGAAAAUGAAACUAGCCUUUAAAAGUCUAGACAAAAACAAUGAUGGAAAAAUUGAAGCAUCUGAGGUUGUGCAGUCCCUCAAGAUACUGGGUAUAGACAUUUCAAUACGUCAGGCAGAGAAAAUUCUACAAAGCAUUGAUGUUGAUGGGACGAUGUCGGUGGACUGGAAUGAAUGGCGUGACCAUUUCUUGUUUAAUCCAGCUACAGACAUUCAGGAAAUCGUCCGUUAUUGGAAACAUUCUACUGUGUUGGAUAUAGGGGAUAGUUUAACUAUCCCAGAUGAGUUCACUGAAGAGGAGAAAAAGACUGGCCAGUGGUGGAGACAACUUUUAUCUGGGGGAGUUGCUGGAGCUGUAUCUCGAACAGGCACAGCACCACUAGACCGACUUAAAGUCAUGAUGCAGGUUCAUGGCUCCAAGUCAAAAAUGAACAUAGCAGGUGGCUUGCAGCAGAUGGUGAAAGAAGGAGGCGUACGUUCUCUUUGGAGGGGAAAUGGUGUCAAUGUUGUUAAAAUUGCACCUGAAACAGCUAUAAAGUUCUGGGCCUAUGAACAGUAUAAGAAAAUGUUUCUUAAUGAAAAUGGGAAGGUAGGAACUGUGGAAAGAUUUAUAUCUGGUUCACUGGCUGGUGCAACUGCUCAGACUUCUAUUUAUCCCAUGGAGGUAUUAAAGACCAGAUUGGCUGUGGGCAAAACAGGACAAUAUGCUGGCAUGUUUGACUGUGCUAAGAAGAUUUUAAGGAGAGAAGGUGUGAAGGCUUUUUACAAAGGUUAUAUUCCCAACAUUUUGGGCAUCAUUCCCUAUGCUGGCAUAGACCUUGCUGUUUAUGAGGCUUUGAAGAAGAUGUGGCUAGAAAAGUAUGCAACAGACUCUGCCAACCCUGGUGUUCUUGUGUUGCUGGGAUGCGGUACUAUGUCCAGUACCUGCGGCCAGUUGGCCAGUUACCCUCUUGCCCUUAUCCGAACUCGAAUGCAAGCUCAAGCUAUGGUGGAAGGAGGCCCUCAGCUGAACAUGGUUGGUCUUUUCCAAAGGAUAAUUGCUAAGGAAGGCGUCUUUGGACUUUAUAGGGGCAUAGCUCCUAAUUUCAUGAAGGUGCUUCCUGCUGUCAGCAUCAGUUAUGUGGUGUAUGAAAAGAUGAAAGAGAAUUUAGGGAUAGCAUGAAAGCAAGAAAGGAACAAAGUGAGAGCUUAUCAUGAAAUAUGGACACCAGACAACUUUAUCAACUUCAAAUUUAUUCAUGUUUGCAAUCAGAGACCAGUCUUCUGUGCAAAUAUGCUGUGGGAUUCCUGGUCUUCUCUUGAUGGAAGGAAAAAUUCCACCUUCCUAAAACAGCUGUGAGCCAGUUUCCGAAUCUUAACAAUCAAAGAAAAAAAGCAUUGCUAGUUCAUUGGCAGAAUGGAAAAUCUUCAAAAAAAAUCAUCUCUCUUUUUUCACUCCCUCCUCACAUUUGAUUGGAAUAAAAUGUAUUUAGAAGUGAGAAGUAGGGUAAUGUGUUAAGGCAUACAUUUGCCCUUUCUGUGGGUUGUCUCACCUUGGCAUUCUUUGCAUGUGCAUCCUGCAACAGAAAAAUGAUUUUGAAAUAAGGAUGAGAAAAAUGUUUGGUAUCCUUUUAAAAACAAGGCUUGGAAGAAGAGUACAAGAAAGAAAUGGGAUGAUGCAGUGAAGUUCCUGCAACACUUUUAUGGGUUUAUAAGAUGAAAAUUUUUAGCAACAUCUAACAAGAAAGCUGCUACUUGAUGCCCUCAGGAAAUGAGUGAGACUUGGGCAGGAGUGCUGUUUGCCUAGUUCCCAGCCAUUGUAUUGAAACUUGCACAGAUGGGCCAUUUGAUCAUCCUGAAAUAAUCACGACUGACAUGUAGAUCACAUAUGCAGCAGAAGAAGUUGGGUGACCUAUGGUGUUUGAAUGGGCCCUAGUAUCACUUAAUACUUCAUGGAGCAUUUUUUGAUGUUACCUUGUGUAAAAACUAUCUGCAAGUUUUAAAAAGGGGGUGUAGCCUGCUGUGCUAGCUUUCCACUUAAAGGAAUUAUUCAACUAGAGGAGUUUUGAAAAGUAAUUAAUCUGAGGUGGUUCGUUCACUCUGUUGCUUCAAACAAUCUGCCACCUCAUAAUCAUGUCUCUCUGGUGCAUGUGAAUAUGUGGCCUAAAUUCCAUUUAAAUUAGUGGAAGGAGUGCACCACAAAUGAUCAAUUCAAAGGGAAAGCAGGCCUUUGGGCAAAUUGCAGUCUCAGGAUAAAACUCUCCUCCUUUUAUUUAGUGGGUUAUGCAUUAUAUGUUCACUGUCUUGGUGGGAAUGCCUGCAUAAAGGGCUGAUUAUGUGGGAGGUUGAACUGGAGUAAGAGGGAUAGCAACGAUACUACUUUGCUGGUUUUUUGCAUGUCAGGGAUGUCCUCUUUAAAAACAAAACAAAACUGUGCUUUUUAAAAUAGUGUGCCAGAGACUCAGUGAUAAUUUAAAAACUCCUCCUUAACACUCAGAAUCAAAUUGCUGAGUUGUUGAGUUAGAAAGACCAAGUACAUUGAAAUUGGCAAUAAAGAAUAUUCCCAUCAAGCCAUUGAACUGUUAAUUUUGGUUAGAUGUAAAUUGAGCCAUGACCUUUGGUAUAAAAAGAGAAGAUCAUGUUGAAGAGACCUUUCCUGCAUGUGUUUUGCAAACUCUUUAAUGUAUGUACAUUAUUGAAUGGAUUCUCAGUUUUAAAGCAUAUUUCAGUUACCUAUGAAUGAGUGUCUGCUGAAUGUCCAUAAUAGUGUUUGUGCAUAGCACCAAAAGUAUAUCCCAUGCUUCUCAGCACUGUGUUGAAGUAGAUCCUUACGCAACUGUCAUGCCUUCAUUGAUAAUCAGCUAUUCUUGUUAACUUUCUGAAACACUUCUUGCAUGUGGGGAUAACAUAUGAAAUUGCACUGGAGUGCAUGAUCUGUUUGUUGCUCUUUUGAGUUUCCAAAGACCACAGCGUAGGUCACACAUUCUAGAGGAGUGACAUUCUAGAGGCCAGCUACCAUGUUGAACAAACUCACCUUGUUGUUUCUGGGCCUGUUGUACAGAUACUUUUUUGUAUAAUUUCAUGCAAACAUUGUACAUUUAAUGAUAGAGGUGCCAGCAGCUAGUUCUCCCUUUCAGAUUCCUCCACGCAGUUGUAUAUUUAGAUACAUAAUUAUAUGGACAAAGGCUGGGCCAGCUGCAAAUAAACAUGCAGGGAAUCAUUUAUGUGAUCUUGGUUGCACUUUUUGUCCAUUAACCAUGAUCAUAAAGAUGGUGGCUGGCUCCACCUGUGUACAGACCAAUUCACCUAAGCUGUCCUUGACACAAUCAGGUUCCUGUAUGGAGGGGUUUGAUAGAAUGAACUGACUUUGGGAAUAGCAGCACAUUAGCAAAAUUGGAAUACAUUUCCAGUUACUAAUUUGUGUGGGCAUUGAAAGGAUAACCAAAAAUGGCUAUGUGAAAUAUUUUUUCUCUGUGACUCUUCCCCUUUUGUUUUAGCAACAAGAUUAUUGAACCCUUACUGAGCUCAUUAAAACCACCAGAAUUCAACAGAUUGAUAUGGAUCUCUCAGUACCUUUUUGAUUGGGUUGAGGUGCUCACAUAAACAAUGUGGUUUACAAGAGAAUGUAGCACUUUGGGUUGCAAUGUGUUUUCAGAGAGUGGUUGUACAACACAUACUCUCUGGCAUUCUUUCAACAUGAUGAUGCAAUCUAUACAACACAACUCCCACUUUGUUUUGUUCAUUGCAGUGGGGCUGAGAUAGGUAGUGACCCCUGGAUUGUAUUGAUUUUUAUCUUGUCAUGUUAAGGAACCCUCUACUUCUUGCACUUGAUACCAAACCAAAGAAUUGCUUAGGUAAAGACUUAUGUUUUCUCUUUUUUAAAAUAAAAUGAAGAAAACUAGAUGUUCCAUGCCAUUGUGAAUUUGCCUGUCUGUGGGUGUCACUUCCUGUAUUCUCUCUUGCUUUUUUACUGUAAUCUAGAAAGAUGCCUAUUUUCUUUGUGUUGCAAAGGUGACCUGAGCUGUAUGUGAACCAUACUCAGUCCAUUGUCUUGCACAAGUGUCCUUAGAAAAUACUGAUCAUUUUGCUGGUAAGUAUUCCUGUGCUGGAAGAUUGCAUGAGACUAUGCAGAUCUAGCUCCAUGGCUAUGUGGUUUAAAAAAGGGCUGUGUUUUGUGUGUGCUUGGUCUGUUACUUGGAGAAAGCGAAUCAGACAUUUACUUUUUAUAGACCUAUAAAUCUAUCAAUUUAUAAUAAACAUUUUAUAAUGUGA